AUGGCGACCAGAAGGCCAUCUCAUGCGGGUUCGUGGUACGACGACGACCGCCUCACGUUGACGGCUGACCUCGACGGAUGGCUUGCGGCCGUUCCCAAGGAGAUCAAAGGGUUGGGGACUCUGCCUAUUCCUGGCGCGCGAAUCAUCAUUGCUCCCCAUGCGGGAUACGCGUACUCCGGGCCAUGUGCUGCGUAUGCAUACAAGGCUCUGGACCUGUCCAAAGCCAAACGCAUCUUCCUGCUGGGACCCUCCCAUCACCAUCCCCUCUCGACCAUUGCCUUCCCUGAGCUGAAGACCUACUCGACACCGCUUUCCGAUGAGCCCCUUCCCCUCGACACCGAAUUGAUCAACAAGCUCCGUUCCUCCUCGCCCAGUUUCGAGACCAUGUCCCGCAGAAUUGACGAGAGAGAGCACAGCCUCGAAAUGCACCUGCCCUAUAUCCACCGUCGCCUGCAGCUUGAAUACCCGGACCGCCCGGCGUCUGAAUACCCGCCUCUGGUUCCGAUCAUGGUUGGCAGCACGAGUGCCGAGACUGAACGUUCUGUAGGCGCCCUCCUGGCUCCGUACCUCGCCGAUCCAUCCAAUGCCUUCAUCGUCAGUUCCGACUUUUGUCACUGGGGUCUCCGAUUCGGCUACACGUACUACGUGCCUGAUGCGCCGGAGCAGCGGCCCAAACUGCCCCUCUCGCACGAGUCUCUCCCGCAGCCGCCGACGACCACGGAAGAAGCCGAAGAAGCCAUUAGAUUUGUGUCUGGCCAGCGAGCACUGAGCCGGAACAGCGAGCUCAAGGCCGAGAUCUACGACAGCAUCUCCGCCGUCGACAUUGCGACCAUGAAGGCGAUCACCACGGGCCAGACCAAGGCGUUUCUCAAGAUCCUCCGCUCGACGGGGAACACCGUGUGCGGCCGUCACCCGAUCGGCGUCAUCAUGGCGGCGCUGGAGCAGGUGACUUCGACAGAUUCGACCUCGGAGGAGAAGGGCAAGUUCCAUUUCAUCAGAUACGAGCGGAGUUCUGACCCGGAUGUUGUGUCUGAGAGUUCUGUCAGCUAUGUUUCUGCUGUAGCUGUGCUGUAG